GCGUUGGAGCUCCAAAGUCUCAAUACCUACCCAGUUAUAACAAUCUGAAGCUUCAUCAUUCAACUUUAGAACAAUAUCAACAUGUAAGUGUGAACAUUGCAAUAUCUAUGCGAAACUCUACUAAUGCAUGUCAUCAUCUCUUAGGGAGGUCUUACUUGGAAUAACUGGCAAAGACUUUACCAUCAUUGCGGCCUCAAAAGCUGCUAUGAGAGGUGCAACCAUUCUCAAAGCUUCCGAUGACAAGACAAGAACGUUAAACAAACACACUCUGAUGGCAUUUUCUGGAGAGGCUGGAGAUACAAGUAACUCUCUACUAUUUUUUUAGAGCACAACAUAAUGCUAAUAUUGGCGCUUCACAGUUCAAUUCGCAGAAUACAUUCAAGCCAACGCUCAACUUUACUCCAUGCGCAACAACAUUGACCUCUCCCCAUCUGCUGUCGCCCACUUUGUCCGUGGUGAAUUAGCACAAUCCCUCCGCUCCCGCAAACCAUACAACGUCAACCUUCUCCUCGGCGGUGUUGAUCCAAUCACCGACAAGCCCAGCCUAUAUUGGCUCGACUACCUGGCAUCACUUGCACCUCUCCCAUAUGCAGCUCAUGGCUACGCACAAUAUUACUGCUUAUCGAUUCUUGAUAAACAUCAUCAUCCAGAUAUUGACUUUGAACAAGGAAUGAAAGUUUUGAGGAUGUGUACGGAUGAGUUGAAGAGGAGGUUGCCGAUUGAUUUCAAGGGGAUGACUGUGAAGGUUAUCACGAAGGAGGGCAUCAAGGAACUUGAUUAUGAUGAUAGUGCGAGAAUUGAUUGUCCUUAAGGGAUCAUUUUGAGGAUGAAUGGACAUGAGAGGCUUUUUAUGACAGGAGAUAAACUAUGAACCAAGGGAUGGGUGUAUAUUAGCGUGGCAUCAAAUGGCAUCAAAUGGCAUCAAACGGCGAUCCCUAUCUUGAUUAUUUCUCAGAGGAGAUUGGCGGUGAUUCGAUCUAAGGACAUACCCUAUAAUUGUCAAUGCUUUUGAAUGACGUCCCGCUGGUCAUCCCAUGGGUGGUCAAGGCAGCCGCUGCCAUUGCGGCUACCUUUAUAAUCAAAAUACACUCAAAAGACUGCGCAGAUGCGGCUCAAUCUACCCAUUCGCUUGGAAUCAUAUAGGCCUUGGGUGAGGCAAUGUUUCUCCACGCCUUCUCCCCUUUCCCAUCAUUUAUGUCUCGCCUGCAUGCUACUUGAAUGAAUGAUUUUUGAUAACACAAACACGUAGUCAUCAAAUACAAGAUUCGAGGUUGAUGCUUCCCAAUAAUAAGAUGAAUUAUCCAAGACAUGAUGUGGAAAUAUGGGAUCAACUAUAAACUGUUUGUCAAGGAGAUAG